GUCUUGAGUGUGGAAUGACUUUGGAAUGCGCGGGAAAUAAAGUUUGUUUACUAUUUUGAAUAAUGACGAGCUACUAAUGGCUUUUCAAAACACGUAUUUGAAGUCGUUACUUCCGAAACUCGGAAUAGAAGACGAUAAAGUCCUUAAGAAGGCUUCAGAGCUGCAACGCAUACUAGACCUGAAAAUAUCAUCCGGAGGUGCCAAAAAUUUAAAAUUAAGUGAAAGCGCAAAGGCAGUGAUGUGUGCUGAUCUAGCAGCUCUGCAUUGUGGCAUAACUUGUGAAAGGGAUGACUUUGUAAGACUUUCUGGAAUGAAGAAUAGAUUAUACAUAACAAAUCGCAGCAUAAUAGAAAAGCUUGUAGGAAUGGAGGAGACACUAGAUGUGAAUAAAAUUUGUGUACAACUUGGCAUUUCUGAAAUAAGCAGCUUUGCUCAGACAAUUUUGGAUCAAUAUUUGGAACAAAAUGCUGUUGCAGACAGAAAUGACAAGAUGUACGGUAUAAUUGCAGUAUAUCUAGCUUGCAGGGAAAGAAAAGUAAAGCUUCAGAUGCGUAAAUUCAUGGAAAUGUGUAAUCUAAAAAAAAGUGGGUUUGUUAAGUUAGUUGCUGAUUUUGACAAAUCUGCUGCAUCUAUGAGAAGACAAAAAGAAGAACCUGCAGAACAUGCACCAAUAUCAAAAGAAGUCAAUCUGAAUGAUUUGCAGAAAGCAGUGAAAAGAAGAAGUCAGUCACCUCCAAAAGAGGAGGAAAGCUAUUCUGACUGGAAGAGAAGAAUGCUGCAGGAAAUAAAUGAAUCAUCAGAUGACUGCUGAUGUGUUCAUAGGAAGAACAAGGAAGAUUAACAUACUGCCAAUUACUUGUUUGUGUUCAGAAAGAUAUUUGUGCAUGCAGUUAAUAACAAGCUAAUUUUCUUUGUUCUUUGUAUAUUUUUUAUGUACAGUGAUUUCAUGUGCAACUAAUGUAUUUUAUUAUUGUUUAUGUCCUGAAAUUAUGAUAAAUAGAGCACUUUCCUUAUUA